UGUAAUACUGUAUUGGUUUUUAUAGUCAAAUGUUUUUUUAUUACAGUUUUAUGUUAUAUUUUAUCACGGUGUUUGGUUUUUGUUUUUCUUUUUUUGGCACAACCUGUAUAAUAAAUGCCCCUUCUAUUUUAUGAUAGUGCGCCAACCUCCUUCCCUCCGACAUAAUCACCGGGGUAGCGGAGUUUUUCGAUACCAGUAGCGGAAUUUUCAAUGUUGGCUCUGGCAACACUGGUUUUGUGCUGAAAAUGACAUUUCACAUGAUUUCACAUAUGGUGCUGCAAUUUUUGGAAGAAUUUUUUAUUUUUGCAAAGUUUUAUAUUGUGGAUCAUGAGUGCUGCCGAAAAAAGGAAAAGGGGUGCCAAUUUUACAACAAGUGAAACUAGAGUACUUCUAUCAAUAAUUACGGAAUUUAAAGGGAUCAUGGAAAAUAAAAAAACUGAUGGUGUUUCUGUACAAGAAAAAAACCAGGCGUGGAGUAAAAUUACUGCGAAAUUUAAUGCAGCUUGCCUUCAAGGGAGGCAUCGAACAAUGGACUCCUUGAAAAAGCUAUUUGACAAUAAAAAAAGGGAGCUGCGGAAGCCGAAGGCAGAAAUACUUAAAACUGGUGGUGGGCCUUCACAGAGAACUGGUAAUACAUCCCAAGAUUUACUCUUUUCCAUAGUGGAUCCACUCACUGUUGUUGGUGGAACAACUUCAUAUGGGUCAGGCAGCAGCUUUCUGCUUUAUGAGAAAAAUCAAGACCCCUUGGAAUAUGAAGUAAAGGCCAUUGAACAUGUAGGUCCCAAUGAACAUCAAAAGGAAAAUGAAAUGAAUAUGUUUGAUGAUCAGGUCAUCACUGAAUCAUCACAAUUGAUGGAAGAUGGGAAUCAAGAAAACAAUUCCAGGAGUAUGGAGCAACUAGCAGAUAUAUCAAGGGGAUGGAACAAAGGGUCUGAUUUGAAAAAACCUGUUGCACCACAAUUGAGGCAAUCUAUCAGUAAACCAGCACAAAGUGAUAAGGCUGAAAGUAGAAGACCUACUGAGACAGUCAUAAGGUCACUGUCAUCAAACCAGCUUGCUGAAAAAUACAACUUGUUGGUUGAUAAAAAGAAUGUUAUUGCAGACCAUGCUCAGAAGAAGCUCGAACAAGAAUUGAACAUGAAUUAAGGGUACAAGCGUUAAAAUAUGACAUAGAAAUUAAAAAGAGGCAAUUAGACUCAUUAAGGCCCAAGGCAGAAUGACACAUGAUUUCCAAGACUAUUUUAUUAAUGGUUUUUUGUUUUUUUUUUGUAUUCUAUACCUGUUUUUUUUUUUUGAAAAAUGAGAUUUAACUCUUAAGUACCAAAGUGUUAUUUUUGUUACAUAACUACAGAUGUGACUAGGCUAGACCACAACAAUUUUACUAAUCAAGAAUAGUUGUUUCUUCAUAUUCUACUUAAACAAAUGUUGCAACGUCUUAAUAUAUUGUUAUUUUAAACAUAAAACAAAAUUUACAUUUACUACAAAUUAUAAAUAUUAAUAUUGGUCAUAAUUUUUGGAAAUAUAAAACUGUCUAUCAGACCACACAUUGGUACUUAUUUGCCUUGGAAGUUUUUAAGUUGUAGCAUUUGGCUAGUCAAAUCACUACUAUACUGUGAUAUUUUUAAAAUAUAUUAUUGUUUUGUUUUUUGAUUAGAAGUUUUUAUACUUUAGUUUUGUUUGAAGACUGUAGUUUGUGAUAGUUUUGUUUGAAGGCGAUAGUUGUGAUGUAAAAACAAUAAAAGGGAAAAUAUAACAAAAAUAUUUUAUUCCUCGCAUUAUAACUC